AGACMAGGRARAUKAUUAMAUCCUUGGGAAAACUGGCCUUUGAGCAGUUAAUGAAAGGCAACCUGGUUUUCUAUGAAUCUGACCUGACUGAGUGCGGCAUUGAUGUCAGAGCAGCCUCAGUGUAUUCAGGGGUGUUCACAGAGAUCUUUCAGGAGGAGAAAGGGUUUUUCCAUCAGAACAUGUUCUGCUUUGUCCACUUGAGCAUUCAGGAGUUUUUGGCUGCUCUUCAUGUCCAUCUGACAUUCACCAACACUGGAGUCAAUCUGCUGGCAGAAGAGGAAUCAGUCUCACCUGGGUCAAAGAUGUCUGAUGAACAAAUCGAGCACUUCUACAAGAAAGCUGUAGAGAAAUCUAUUGCUGCUCCAGGUGGCAAACUGGAUCUGUUUCUGAGGUUCCUUCUUGGUCUUUCUCUGAAAACCAGUCAGAGGCUCCUCCAAGGCUUUGUGACAAAAAGAAAAACAUCAAGCAGUUCCUUUAAAAACAUAGUUGAAUACAUCAAGAAGAAGAUUGAAGAGAUUCUGUGUCCCUUUGAUAAAUCCAAUUUAUUUCACUGUCUAAAUGAACUGAAGGAACUUUCUUUAAUGACAGAGAUUGAACAAUUUUUGAAAUCAGGAAAACUGGAGACAGAAAAUUUCUCUAAAGCUCAGUGGGCAGCACUGAUCCACACUCUGCUGUCUUCAGAGGAUUAUGAGAAAAACUUUGAUGUGAGAAAGUAUUUUAUUUCAAAGCAGGCUGAAGAGAGUUUUGCACCACUCUUAAUAAACUCAACUAAAUCUGUACUCAGUUGCUGUUGUCUGGAUGAGGCAAGCUAUCCACUUUUGAGAUGGAUUAUCACCAUACCACGCUGUUUAUUGAAAGAUUUGGACCUAAGUAACAACGACAUGAAAGAUUCGGGACUGAAGCUGCUGUGUGAAGGCAUUUCCAAACCAGUCUGUAAACUUGAAACUUUAAGGUUGUCAGGUUGUUUAAUCACAAAGGAAGGUUGUGCAGCUCUGAAAUCAGCUCUGGCUUCUAACCCCUCUCACCUCAAAGAGUUGGACCUGAGUUACAAUUACCCAGAAGAACAUGGAGUGGCUCUCCUCUCUGCUGGAGUGGAAGACCCAGACUGGACCUUAACAACUCUCAGGGUGGAGCCGAGUGGAUUACAGUUUUUAAUACCAGGUCUAAGGAAGUAUGCCGUUGAACUCAUCCUGGACUCCACCACCACACACAGAAACCUCACUCUAUCUGAAUUUAACAGAAUAAUGAUGGUGGGACAAGGAGAGAAGCUCUUUGAUGCUGAGGAGGAGCUGCUGGGCAGACAUGAUCUCUCUGGUCGCUGUUACUGGGAGGCUGAGUGGAGAGGAAAAGCUUUCAUUGGAGUGACGUACAAAACAAUCAGAAGGAGAGGGGAAAGGAAUGGCUGUGGUUUUGGAGUCAAUGAUCAGUCAUGGGCUUUGUUGUGCUCUAAGGAAGGAUUCUCUGUUCUGCACAACAACAAAAUAACUAAAAUCUAUGCAGACCCUUCAAACAAAGUUGGGGUGUAUGUGGACAGGCCUGGUGGCACGGUGUCUUUCUUUGGGGUUUUCCCUGAUAAAAUGACCUUCCUCCACAGCUUCAACACCAAAUUCACUGAACUUGUGUAUCCUGCUUUGAGAAUAGAAUCUGAUCCUGUUAAAAUUAGAAUGGCCACUGUGCUGUAACUGCUAGAACGGCCAGAAGCUGUUGACCACCACUUUCACCCCUUAAAUAAAUCACAACAAAAAUCAUAUGUAUAUCGUUAAUCUAUACUUUUAAACCCAAAAGUCUUUCGUUUUUCUAAUGUAAAUAUAAUGUUAUGUAAUAUGAUGUUAUGUCAUGUUGUUGUGUUGUAACAAGGUUAAUAUGUUUCUGCUGAAUAGCAAUACAAUAAAAAGCAAGAAAGAAAAAUGACUAGGUUAGUCUUGUAAGUUUUUGAGCUGUUUAUUAUUUAAACAUUAUUUUGUAUCUUUAUGUCACUGUCAAAAUUAAGAGGGAAUGUAUAAUAAAAGUUAAUGGUGAGGCUACAAUGCUGAUAUAUUUUAUAUACUUUAAGUAUUACAGCAGUACUGUUCCAUUACGUAAUAAAUAUGCUGAAACAUCUAUUCUCAACAGUUUAAUAUGGCCAUUAAUCACUUGUUGAUAAUGACUUAGUCACUUCACAUGUGAUUUGUAAGAUGAUAUUGUGUGUGAGGAUAUGAUUGUAUGGAUGUAUAGACAUAUGUAAACGCAGAUAAAAUGGAAACUUAAUUAACCUGUGUUUAUUUUUAUUUGAUUUAAUAAUGAGAGUCCAUCUGAAAAUAUUGUAUGCGUUUUUGGGUAGAAGUUAAUACGUUUUGUUGAGACGCUUUACCAAGGUCGAGAAAGAGUCACAUGGUGUUAGACAAAGGGCCCAUAGUAAAGAGUUACAUGUUUGAUUCUGUUAGACACCAAGGUCCAUUUCUCACGAAAAAGAAACGUUUUCCCAGGCCAC